AUGCCAGAUGCACACAGAAAUGCCAUGCAGCAAGGGAGUACUCGGCAGUGGGGGCUGUCAUAUGCGCACACAAAUGUUCCACAACAAGGUGGUAACCAGCAAUGGGGGCAACCAUAUGCACACACAAAUGUUCCGCAGCACAGGAGUAACCAGCAGUGGGGGCAACCAUAUGCACAUGCAAGUGUUCCGCAGCAAGGGAGUUACCAGCAGUUGGGGCAGCCAUACGCACACACAAAUGUUCAGCAGCAAAGGGGUAAUCAGCAGUGGGGGCAAACACAUGCACACGCAAAUGUUCGGCGCCAAGGGAGCCAGAAGCAAUGGGGGCAAACAUAUGCACACACAAAUGUUCGACGCCAAGGGAGCCAGCAGCAGUGGGGGAUGCCAGAUGCUCAUGCAAAUCUUUGGCAUCAAGGGAAACAGCAAUGGUCGCUCCCAGAUGAUCAUAGUUCAAAGAGCCAGCAGCAAUGGGUACAGCCAGAGCAGCAACACCCAACGUCGGCAAACGUCGACGCAUCCCACUUCUCGAACCCCGGUUACCCAGUUGAGCAGCAGUACAGCAGCAGAGUCUUCCAGGACCAGAGGCGGGCACCAUUAUCGGGCGGGGCAUGCUCGACGGAUCAGCACCAGCACCACUACUACCCCCAAAGCAGACAGGAUACACCAGGAGUGUCCGGCGAGAGAUGCACUAUGACCACAAGCAUGGGCGCAGGCAGCUAUGGCCAGUGGCACCAGGCUCCGACUCCUCCCCCGCAGCAGCACGACGGUAGGACGUACCGGUGGGGUUUCCAGGAUUUCGGCAGGCAGGUGCAGAUCAACAACCUGCCUCCAAUGCAGGCCGGGAGGAGCGCGCUGCUGUCAGGGCUGCACCCCGCUGGAAGCCCGCAGGCGAGCUCUCCGACCACCGGCUCCGAUGGCAGCGUCACAAGCACGUUCCUGGUGCCUCCCAGCGGCUACCACCAGUACCCGCCGCCGCCGCUGGCGCAUGGGAUAUGCUGA